CAUUGAUAGGUGGCACUGACUGGCACUGAUGGGUGACACUGAAAGGCAGCUCAGAUGGGCACUGAUAUGUGGCAUUGAUGUGCACUGGUAGGCACUGAUAUGUGGCAUUGAUGUGGCACUGAUGGGUACUGGCAUGAGGCACUGAUGAGCACUGACACAAGGCACUGAUGGACACUGACAGGUGGAGCUGCUGGGGCUACACUGAUCAUCAGGGCACACUGAUCAUCAGUGCCCUGAUGGUCACUGUCAGUGUGACAGCUCGAGAGGAGAGAAAUGCCGAUAACCGGCAUUUCCCUGUUUACAUGUGAUCAGCUGUGAUUGG